AUGGCCGGCGCAGGCGCCGCGACGCAGGCCUCGAGCAGUCGUGUAACGCUGGAAGAGCUGCGCAGCGGACGCAUUGCAGAAUGCCACACAGAGAUUGCCAACCUCACGGCAUCGCGACGCAGCGAUAUCCAGCGCCUCUAUGCGAUGCUCAGCACUGCCGAGACCAAGGCAGACGACGCAGGCUCGCUGCCCGAGGCGCUCAUGGAUGACACGGAUGAUUCCAUGGCCAAGUACACCCUCGAGUCGGAGAGCGCGCCGGCUUUCCAGACUCGCGUCGAAAACGCCGUCAACACACUCACGGAGCGCGCCCAGCACUGGCUGCGCGAGCCGGGCACAAAGGAAAAGACGCCGGCCCCGGCCGCGGCACCAGCCCCGGCCCCGGUAGUCGACCCGCGGCGCAUCGACGGUGCGCGGCGCAGCGCACACACCGCACUGCGCCUGCCGCCGUCGCCGACGCUCCUCGUCGCCCCGCCGGAGCAGGAGCAGCCGUCGUCGGGCACGCCGCCGCCGCUGACGCUCCAGGAGCUCGCACCGAAUCCACUGUCGGUGACGUAUGCGUCGUCGCUGCGCCCGUUGCAGACGGACCCCAGCCGCCGCGUAAUGACCAUCGGCCAGAGCGGCGGCUCGGUGCACCAGCGCAGCGCACGCAAGGCGGGCGCGCGCCUCCCCAGCGGCAAAGGAAAGGGGGGACAGGCGCACACCGACCUCUGGAAAUGGAGCGUGCGCGCGCGCGCGAGUCCAAGUGCGGGUCUUGUGCGCAAGGCGAGCAAGUGCCUCUUGACUCGCGACUGGAAAGUCGCGUUUACCGAGCAAAAGUUUGUCAAGGCCAUGGCGCGCAUCGACCAGCUCAAGAGCCAGGGGCACUGGAGUUUCCGGCAGCCGAAGCGCAUCAAGGGGCCGGUCGAGCGCAAGACGCACCGCGACUAUCUGCUCGACGAGAUGCGCUGGCUCCAGACUGAUUUCCGCGAGGAGCGCAAGUGGAAGCUCGCAGUAGCCUACGAGCUCGCACACCAGGCAGUACGGUGGCACAAGGCCAAGACGCCGGAAGAGCGUGCGGCGCUGUGUGUGCGGUACGUGCGUCUGUCCGAGAAGGAGAUGGAGGGCGAGGAGGGCGAGGCAGAGGAGGCCAAGGAGGCAGAGGUCGAGCCCGAGGCGAGCGUCGAACCCGAGGCGAGCGUCGAGCCCGAGGCCAAGGACGAGCCUGAAGCCGAGACUGAAGCGGACGGCGAGGCGGAGCCCGAGGCGAUGGACGUCGACACGAGCCCCCACAAGCCCAAGCCCGCCGCGGAUGCCAAGGCCGACGAGCACACCGACGUGGACGCCGACGGCUCGCCUGCCGCCGAGCCCACGCACGCCGAUGCCGAGGAGAGCGACAAGGAUGCCGAGGGCGAGGACGAUGUCCCCCACGACAAGCGUGCCGGCCCCGGCCCAACGGUUUCGCUGGAUGCGCCCCCCACCGACGCCACCGACGCCACCGACGCACCGAUGCGUGCCGGUGCCGACAAAGACGCGACGCUCAGCGACAAGCUCCCCCUGGCGCUCGUCACCGCGAUCCGUGCGCCGAUCUUUGGUCUGGACGCCACUGCGACGAGCGUCUCGCCGUGGUCGCUGCUGCACAACCUCGACCCUGCCGCUGCUGCUGCGCUCCUGCAGGUCGACGAGAGGACGGCGCUCGAGGCACUCAACAUGCUCGAGCCCGAACAGCUGGACCUGGCGAAGCUCUUCCCCGAGCUUCCGCAGUACGGUCCCCUCGUCCCCCACGACGACUCCAAGCAUGGCGAGAAGCGCCGCGAAGAGGGCUCGACGACGCACCCCGCCCGUAUUGCGCACGUCACACGCCUCCUCGAUGCGCGUCCCGCGCUGGUGAGCACGCUGAACCCCGCGACGAAGCGUGUGCACGGCGAGUGGCGCGACCUCGACGAGCACAGUGCGCCCGACGCGCCCGACGCGCAGCCGUGGGCGGCGCAGCCCGGCUCGCUGCUCUUUGCGCGCCGCGCCGGCAAGGUGAGCCGCGACUAUGCGCUGCAUACGGCCGUGGUGCCCACCCCGCCCGCCGCCCCCGAGGCGCGUGCCGCGCAGCUCUCGUGGACGAGCGAGGACGACGUGUUCCUCGCGGCGCUCGCCAAGCAGUACCAGGACAACUGGCCGCUGAUUGCCGACCUGUUCAACUCGGCGCGCCUCACGCUCGCGACCGAGCGGCGCACGCCGUGGGACUGCUACGACCGCUGCAAGUGGCUGCAGGCCGAAGCGGACGUGUCCAGCACCGACGACGCGCUGCGCGGCAAGCGCCCGGCGCCGAAGCCCGAAGGCGCGCGCAAGAAGCAGCACCGGAGCCACCUGCUCGAGGUGAUGCGCAAGUGCGCCAGGCGGCGCGAGCAGGCGCAGCGCCAGUCGGCUGCCGCCGCGAGCUCCGGCGCGGCGCGGCGCGUGAAUCUGAGCACGCACGACACGCAUACGCAGGUCAAGUCGAUCUCGACGCCGACUCCGCAGGCGCUGAGCAUGCUCAAGGCGGAGCGCGACCAGGCGGCCAUCCGCCAGUUCUUUGAGCAGCAGCGCGCUGCUCAGCUCGCCUACCAGCAGCAGCAGCAGCAGCGCCUGCAGAUGGCCCAGGCCCAGGCCCAGGCGCAGACCGGCACGCCGGACCAACCCCCGUCGCCGGGCAAGCAGGAGGCGCCCGCCCCCACGCCGAGCCAGCCGAGCCAGAGCACGCCGCGUCCGCCGAACGCGCCGUACAUGGCCACGGUGCCGAACCAGAACAAGCCCGCGAUGCUCCUCGCGCAAAACAACCAGGUGCCGUUUGUGCGCAACGCGACGCAGCCCUACUUUGGCCUGGAUCCCCACAACCAGCAGUCGUACCAGACCUCGUCGCCGGUGCUCGCGGUGCGCUCGCCCGGCGCGACACAGGCGCAGCUCCAGCAGCACUUUGCGAUGGACAAGAAGCCGUCGCCCGUCGCGCCGAGCGGCACGCCGGCCGCGCAGGCGCAGCGCCAGCCGAUCGUCAUUGCCGCCUCGAGCCCGGCGCAGCAGCAGGCGGCGCUGCGCGCGCGCAACCCCGGCGCGCCGCACGUCCGCCCGAUGAACUACGGGAUGGAGAACCAGGGGCAGACGUACAACGGCCUCCCGCUCAACUCGCUCGGCGGGCAGGCCCCGACGCCGCCCGUCGCAGUGCGCCAGAGCGCGAGCCCGGGGCUGCCGAAUACCCCGGGUGCGCCGCCAAAUCUGCACGCGCUGCAGCAGCAGCUGGCCAUCACGCUCGCCGCGUCGCACCUGAGCCAGGAGCAGAUCAACUCGCUCGCGGUGCAGCUGUACAAGCAGGCGCAGCAGCAGCAGCGGCCCCCGGCGCCCGACGGCCAGGCGCCGUUCCAGGCGGGCGUGCCGCGGUACGUCCCCAUGGCGCAGAACACGCCGCAGGGGCUGCAGCAGCACCCCCUGAACCUCGCGCACAAUGUGCCGCAGACGCUGGGGACGCCGCCGCGUCCCCCGCCGUCGCCACAUGGUCAAGAACGGUAA